UCCUGGUGGCAGUAAGUAAGAAACUCAAAUCCUUUUCCUGGAAACAGCGCCACGGACGAGCAGAAACUGAAACUCCUUGUGACGCGAGUUGCUCUGCGGGAGCUUCCCUGAAAAUUUGAUUUGCCUGAGAAAGUGUCCCAAAGUGCAUUGAGCGGUGCCGGAAUAGCUGAAAAGUAUUGUUCAGAGUCCAAAGAAGGCAUUUCCAGAAAGAAAUUUGCCAAAAUAGUGAUAUUUCUGGGUAAAAAUCAGUCUCAAAAACUCCCUUGAAAUCGCCCCAAAGAAGCGUAAUGGCCGCCAUGACGUCACAGUGUCGAUACAAUUCAAACAGCUGAUGGCUUUUAGUGGGAAAAAUUGACUUUUCCACGCGAAUUGAGCGUCCGGAAGGGUGUUUGGUGGUGCUAGCGCGUGAAUACCCAGCCAAGACUGAAGUGUACCAGGGGAUGUGAGUUUAUGCUGGGGCCGGGUUAGCGCGAAAUGGUCUUACAUUGUUCAGUGCUAAAUUGCAAAUCACAACUUGGAACGCCAAAUAUUAAGUUCUAUCAGAUUCCCAGCAUCUUCAGCAAGAGCGACAAGCUCAAGAAACUCUCCACGGAACGACGAAAGGCCUGGAUUGAAGCCAUCAAUCGUCCGGACUUGACUGAGGAGCAACUUAAGGUGGCUAAAGUUUGUUCCAGACACUUUGUUCUUGGGAAGUGUGUGAGUUUGACGGAGGUUCACAGUCUCGAUUGGGUUCCAAACAUGAACCUGGGAAAGACUUCAAGUGCCAGGAUGGUUUUCAAGCAGGAGCAUCACAUGGAUGAUGGAUCAUCAGCAGACGAACAGGUUAUCUCAGAUGUUCAGUACGAAGAGGAACAACUAGAUGAUUCGGGUGAGAAAACUCUGUCCACGGAGGAGAUCAUGGAGGGUGAUGAUGAGGAACACGAAGAAAUUGUACUGGAGUCAAAUCCAACUCCAGCAACAGUUGUGGUUACCACACGUCCUGGAAUGGGUUUGCCCACAACUACAACCAUCAAGAAGAUCACGAUGAAUCCGUUUUCCACGGCGGCAUUUUCGGGGCGGAAGGAGUACAAAGUGAGCACUGCGGGUAACAAAACCAGUCCAAUAAUUGUGACACAGAAACUGCUUCAGACACCAAGAACAGUGACAGUUGUGCCCAAGUCUGAUCCAACAUUUAAGUUUACACAUGUUCAGGGUCAGACAACGAUCAAGAGGAAGUUGGAUGUGGGGGGAGGCACACCAUCGUCGCCGGUGAUGGUGAAACUUCCUGUAGAUUUGAAGCGUUUUAAGCCGGUACCGGCGAGAUCUCUGGGGAAUUUUGUGCUGCAAAAGCAGACAAAUGUGGGUACAAUGCCGAAGAUUGUGCGAAUUGUGAGGAAUAAAGUUGACAGGACGACACAGACGGAUGUUUCGGGUGAACUGUUGGAUCAAUAUCAGAUUCUGCAUGAGGAGAAUCUGAUGAAGAUAUCACAGUUGGAGGGUCAGGUGAGAAAGUGCAAGUAUACGCCGGAGAUGUUUGAGCAUGAUGACAAGAGAACGGAAUAUUUUACGGGAUUGGAUACCUAUGUCACCAUGAUAACACUCUAUAAUACUUGCGAGGCUGAAUUGCCACAGUCAACGGCCCUCACCAAGUUUGAAAUUUUCAUUUUGACCCUCUUGAAACUUCGUCUUAAGCUCCCACUCACAUUUCUCGCCUACCAAUUCUGUAUAUCGCCCAAAGCGGCCAGUUUCUAUUUCAAUGAAUGUCUCAAUGUCCUCCAUAAAUCCUUAAGGGAACUCUUUGCUGAGCCCGGUGAUGGAUCUGAUGGAAAUAUUGAGAUAAUUGCUGAUGAGAAUUGAAGAAUAAAUAAUUCAAUUUGGGGCAGAGUUUAAAAAGAACAUUAAUAAAAUUUUAAUUUAAGGAGUGAGGCAAGAAAUGCUGAAGAUUUUCUCACCAAAAACUAAUUAAAAAAUAAAAUAAUUCCUGGGCGAUUUUUCUGAAGAAAUAAAAAAAAUAAACAAGAGAGAGACUUAAAGACGGAACAUUUUCCACAGAAUAAAAACCCAUCUCUCUGAAUAUUUAGAGGCAGAAAAAGUAAAUAGAUCCAGAAAAAUGUGAGAAAGAUUAAACACAAACAAACAUUUUAGUCUGUAGAAAUAUUUAAUCCAAUCAGUGAAUGAGAUAUUUCAAAAAAAAAAAAGAAAAAAAAAUCGGUAAGGAACAAUUUUAGAUAUGUUUUAGUUAUCAAUUUAACCGUGAAUGAGAGAGAGAGAGUUUAAUUCUAAAUAAAUGAAAUGAUCAUAAAAAAAAAA